AUGGGCCUCGCCGCGCGCGUCAAGCUCUUCGACGCGUACCACAAGCCGGAGCGACACCUCACGAAGAAGACCGCCGCGGGCGGCGCGGUGACGCUCUCGUCGCUCCUUCUCAUGGCGUUCGUCUUCGUCUUCGAGCUGCGAUCGUACCUCGCGACCGAGCGCGUGACGACGACGGGCGUGGACGUCACCCGCGACGAGAUGCUCGCCAUCAACGUCGACGUGACGUUCACGUCGCUGCCGUGCCAGACGCUGUCGCUCGACGCGCUGGACGCGAGCGGGAAGCACGACCAAGACGUCGGCGGCGAGCUGCACAAGACGCGCGUCGAUCGAUUCGGACGCGCGAUCGCGACGUACGAGUCGCACCGCGAAAACGACGACGGCGUCGUGAACUUGAUCACCGAGCUGUUCUACGGGUUCGAGACGGAGGGCCACAAGGCGCACGUGGACGAGAUUAAGACGGCGUUGAGCGCGGGGGAGGGGUGCCGCGUCCACGGGAGGCUGAAAGUGCAGAGAGUCGCGGGGAACUUUCACGUGUCGGUGCACGGCGAGGACGCGAGGACGCUUCGCGCUACGUUUGAACAUCCGAGAAACGUAAACAUGUCGCACGCGGUGCACAGGCUGUCGUUCGGGAAGAGUUUCCCGAGGAAAGAAGACCCGCUGUCGGGGUUCACGAGGACGACGAGGCACGCGAACGAGACGGGGACGUACAAGUACUUUUUGAAAGUCGUCCCGGUGACGUACACGGGGAAGAGCUCGCCGAGCGCGCUGAAGGCGUACGAACGAAAGUUUCGCCGAGAGUCCGCCGCGCUCGCGAUCGAGACGAAGAGGAAGAAGAAGCGGCUGGAGAAGAUGCGCGCGCGAGGCGUCGAGGGCGGCGGCGGCGGUGGCGGCGGCGGCGGCGGCGGCGGCAAAGAGCGGUGGGUCGAGGCGAAGACGCCGCGCGGGGUCACGCGGACGAAUCUGUACUCGGUGACCGAGACGUACAUUCCGACGAAAAAUUGGAACGGCGGGUCGCUGCCCGCGGUGUACUUCAUCUACGACCUGUCGCCGAUCGCGGUGACGAUAUCGGACGCGCGGAAGAGUUUCGGGCACUUCUUAGCGCGGACGGUCGCUGGCGUGGGGGGGGCGUACGCGAUCGCGGGGCUGAUCGAUCGGAUGAUUCAUCACAGCCUGACCGUGCCCCCGGGGAAAUUGCACUGAUCAUUCGGCGAUCCGUCGUGCGAAGCAACGACGCUUCGUCUAGCUAAGUUAGGGUGAUCGAGUCGAUCGUCUACGUCACGUUCGUUGAGUCUCCUCUCCUCUUCUUCUCUCGCGCUCCGCUUCGACGCUGCCGAGCUUCCGAAUGCGCCGCUUCUUCCUCGGGACCGCGUCUUCGUCCGCGGCGGCGGCAGCGGCGGCGGCGGCGCUCGCGUCUCCGCCCACCCCGCGCUUCGUCGCGCCGCCGCCGCCCGCCGCGAUCGCGUUUCGGAGCAACAGCGUGCACCCCGCGAGCUCCCCGCGCGCGUGGUCCGCCGCGUCCACUCGCGCGCCGACCCACGCGCCGCCGCACCGCAGCGGCACGAGGUAACAUCCGUCCUGUGGGACCCAAACGCCGCGGACGUCGCCGGCCCAAUUUGGCGCGGGAACGUUGUCGCGUUCGCCGGCGUCGCCGUCGCCGGCGGCGCGCGAAAGCGGCACCGGUUUCGCGCACGCGCUUCGAGCGGCGACCGCGUCGUCGCGAGGCAGCACGUAUACCUCCGUGUGCCCGUCGUCGUCGACGUCGACGUCGACGCGCGCGCCGGCGCCGGCGUCGCCGUUCAUCUCGAGUAACGUUCGGAGGUAGGACAGGUCGAGACGUUCGACGCGGACGCCGGAGCGGGAGGCGAGGGGACCGAGCGCGCCGAGGGGUUCGCACCCGCACGACGCGCACAGCGACCGCGGCGGUCGCGGUUCUUCCUCUUCUUCUUCCUCCUCUUCUUCCUCUUCUUCCGGAUCAGGUUCAGGUUGCGUCCCUCGCACG